GAUGAAUUAAAGAUGAAUGAAUGAUGCUCCUCCUGGAGUCUCUGCUGUCAGGUGACCCGCAGCGGCGCCCGUCACGUCACUUCAUUGAGAGUCAGACGGCACGAGGAGGAGACACACGGAGGAUGCACGCGACCGCGACAUCAUGCACGGAUCUCCGACAACCGAGACACUUCCUGUGACGAACACCACUGGUUCCUCUUUGUGUGAGCCUCUGUAUGAAGAGGGCCGUCUGCCACUGGUGCUGCUGUACAGUCUGGUGCUGGCGGUAGGACUGCCCGCCAACCUGCUGACCGUCUACCUCACCUGGCUGCAGGUGUGCAGGAAGAACGUGCUGGGCGUUUACCUGUGGAGCCUGUCGCUGUGUGACCUCACCUACCUGGGAACGUUGCCGCUGUGGGCGCACUACGUCAGCAGAGGUCACUUGUGGUCAUGGAGCUCAGCCGCCUGCAAGCUAACGGGCUACAUCUUCUUCAACAACAUGUACAUCAGCAUCUUCCUACUCUGCUGCAUCUCCUGUGACCGCUACGUCGCCGUGGUCUACAGUGUCGAGUCCCGUGGCCUCCGCCGACAGCGCCAUGCUGCCCUAAUUGCUCUUGGCAUCAUGUUGCUGGUCGCUGUCGGUCACGCCCCCGUCUUCACCAUGACGGAGGGCGACGCCGCUGAGGGCAAUCGCCGCUGCUUCGAACCAAGUCAGAGCAGCCCCAAGGUGACGGGCUUCAACUAUGCCCGCUUCAUCAUUGGCUUCCUGAUCCCGCUGCUGGUGCUGGUGGUGACAAAUCGGGGCAUCCUGGCCAAUGUGCGGCGCAGCACAGGGCUGCGGCAGGAGCAGAAGGAGCGUGUUCGCUGGCUCGCACUGGCGGUGGUGGUGCUGUUCCUGGUCUGCUUCGCCCCAUACCACGUCAUCCUGCUGGUCCGAGCCGUCCUCUUCCACUUCCCCAAGCUGGAGGACGGCACCUGUCUGUUUGAGAGGACGAUAUACACACCCUACACCAUCUCGCUCGGCCUGUCCACCAUCAACAGUGCCGUCAACCCCAUCCUCUACGUCCUGUCCAGCGACAACAUCCGCAAAGAGCUGAGCCGAGGCCUCGUGCGGGUCUGUGACCGAGCGCACCUGAGACCACGAUCAGACAGCAGCCAGAACAAGAUCCAGCCCAACAGGAACUCGUCAGAGCUGCAUGUGAUGACCGAGACCGAGAGACCACAGGGAGGACCGCCACCAGGGACCUGACCCACCUCAGCUAGACUCUACUGGUCUCUUCUGGAAUCUACUGGAUUCUGGUGGUCUCUGCCAGGCUGUACUGGACUCUGCCAGAUUCUACUGGACUCUUGUUGUCUCUGCUGGACUAUACGGGUCUCUACUGGUGUCUGGUGGUCUCUACCAAACUUAACUGGACUCUGGUGGACUCUACUGGUCUCUAAAGGUCUUUACCAGACUCUACUGGUCUCUGGUGGUCUCUGCCGGACUCUGCUGCACUCUACCAGACUCUGGUGUUCUCUACCGGACUCUGCUGGACUGGUGGUCUUUAAUGGACUCUGCCGGACUCUACUGGUUUCUACUGGUCUCUGGUGGACUCUGCAUGACUUUAGUGGACUCUGGUGUUCUUUACCAGACUUUGCUGGACUGGUGGUCUCUAAUGGACUCUGCUGAAAGCUGGUGGACUCUGGUGGUCUCUGCCAGACUCUGCUGAACUCAACUGGACUCUACCAGACUCUGCUGGACUGGAAGUCUCUAAUGGUCUCUGGUGGACAGUGGAUCUGAACAGUUUGUCCUGACUGGGCGCUGAAAGGAGACAAGGACUACUCCUGCUGGUCUGGACCAAUCAGGACACAGAGGAUCAAUAAAUGUUAUAAAUAAAGUUUCAGACGCCUCCAUCAGAAGAACUCAAACUGUUUCCUGUUUUUAAAACCCUCUCAUUCUGUGUUCGUGUUCAGUUUGUCUUUGUAAAUAAAGUUGU